AUGUCGACGUCAGCGAAGAAGAUUGUGUUUAAGAGCUCCGAUAACAAGAUCUUCGAGGUUGACGAGGCCGUGGCUCGCCAGUGUAAGACCAUAGCUCACAUGAUCGAAGAGGUUUGCGUCGAUGACGCAGUCCCUCUUGCUAACGUCACCGGCAAGAUCCUUGCCAAAGUGCUCGAGUUCUGCAAGAAACACCUCCCCGCCGUCGUCCCCGAUGCUGAUGCUGGUGCUGUCCCUGAUCCGUUUCCUUCCUCCGUAGAGGAGCUCAGGGAGUGGGACGAUGACUUUAUCAACGAAAUGGAUCAAUCGAUGCUCAUGGAUGUUUGUCAGGCUGCUGAUUUUCUGAACGUCCCAAAACUUCUCGAUCUUGCUUGUAAGGCCGUGAACGAUUUCACAGCCGAGGAAGAGGGCAUUUGA